AUGGGGACCGAGCUGCACGCUACCCUGAACAAGGCUAGCAUCAGGAAAAAGGAGACCACCACGGAGCAGGCUGACUUUGGGCGGCAUCCUCUUGCGUUGAAGCUUCACAGUGAAGCACUGCUGAAGGACUCCGAGAAGGACUCCGAGCAGCUGGGCAAUUCUGCCGCAGCAACAACAGCACGGCUAAUAGCUGCGGCCCUCACGCCUUCCUCAACAAGUCGAGCUCUUUCGACACAAGUCCCAAGCACUGUGGCCCCGACUACAACGGUUCCCACACCUCCCACAGCCAUACAGGCGAGCAAGGAGUCAAGCCGAAUGAGGGCAAAGGCUGCUGAGGCCACGACUCCCACACCAGAACCAGAGGAUCUGCCAGAAGUGCAGCCUCCAUCUUCUCCCGCACCCAUUACAUUCCCAGCCACCCCACCUCCCAGCACCCACCCUGCCACCACAACAGCCACGCUUCCUCAGCUGCCAGCAAAGGCGGACGAGGUAAAGGAAGAAAAAGAGAAGCGGAAGGAGGAGGUACGGUAUGAAGAAGACGAGGAUGAUGAGGAAGACAAGGAGGAGAAGAAGGCGGAGGAAAGGGUCAAGCAGAGAGUGGAGGAGGAAGAAGAGCAGGAUGAGAAAGAAGCGGAAGAGGAGGAGAGGGAGCGAGAGGAAGAAGAAGAGGAGGAUGCCGAGGAAUUGGCGAUUACAGGAGUGGCCCAGACCUUUCCAGUUGCUGUGCCGGCUCCUGCCGCCAAGGAAAGCCAUCGUCCGGAAAAGCUUGUAGCCAAGUACCAGAGACCAGUGCAGGACAGCCUGAGGCCUAAGGAUUGA